AUGGAGGCUGCCAUUGCCGAGAAACUGGGAGAAGUCGAACCAACAGCAAGAGUGAAUGAUGCCCGCAUCUUACGCAAACUGGACAUCCGUCUAAUUCCUAUGCUUGCUGUGCUUUAUCUGAUGAGUUUCCUUGACCGUGGCAACAUCGGAAACGCGAAGAUUGAAGGACUUGCAGAAGAUCUCCAUAUGACUGGUUCUCAAUAUGCUCUAACACUGACAGUGUUCUUCCUCACAUAUGCAUUUGCAGAAGUACCGUCGAAUCUGAUGCUAAAGUGCCUCAAACCAUCGAUCUGGCUGCCGUCGAUUAUGGUGGCUUGGGGGACAAUCACGACGUUGAUGGGAAUCGUGGAGAGUUUCAAUGGUCUUCUUGUCGCUCGUCUUUUCCUUGGACUCACAGAGGGGGGCCUCUACCCUGGUGUCAUAUAUUACACAACUAUAUGGUACUCUCGCAAACAUGCCCAGUUCCGAAACGCCCUCUUCUUCAGCGCGGCCAGCAUCGCCGGCGCAUUCUCGGGGUUGUUAGCAUUUGCUAUUAAUAAAAUGGACGGAAUCGGAAACCUUGCGGGCUGGCGCUGGAUUUUCAUCAUCGAAGGGAUCGCCACCGUCGUUAUUGCAGUUAUGUCUUUUUUUUUGAUCUAUGACUCUCCCGAAGAGGCAUCGUUCUUGACGGACGAUGAAAAGAAUUGGGUAUAUGACCAAUUGAGUCGUGAUGGGCCAAUAGCACAAAGAAAUGAGAAAUUUCGGUGGAAGUUUGUCACUGCGGCAUUUACAGAUUGGCAGGUCUUGGUGGCCAUGUUUAUGAAUUUGUCACUAAUUAGCCCGAUUUAUGCAAUAUCGCUAUUCCUCCCAACAAUCAUCAAUAAUCUUGGCUAUACUUCUACCGAUGCACAGCUUUUGACGAUCCCCAUAUACAUCAGUGCAGCCAUCACAGCUGUAGUGGUCGCCUGGUAUUCUGACCGGCAUCUUAGUCGAUCUCCAUUCCUCUUUGUCUUAUACGGCGUCAUAAUAGUCGGAUACCUCAUCACUAUGGCUGGAGCAGCCGCGGAUAUUCCCGGUCUGACAUAUGCCGGCGUUUUCAUAGUUGCAUGUGGACUUUAUACGGCAUUCCCAUGUAACGUCACUUGGAUUUCAAACAACCUCGCAGGCAGCUACAAACGUGCUGUUGGCUUGGCCAUUCACGUCGGUUUCGGAAAUUUGGGCGGUGCCAUGGUAUCUAAUUUCUACCGAUCGCAGGAUUCGCCCAAAUUUCUUCUGGGUCAUGGGUUAUCGCUCAUGCUUGUCCUUAUUGGGUUGGUGGCAGUGGUGAUUUUGAGGCUUGGAUAUCAGCAUUGUAAUCGAAAGAGGGAUGAGCUCGGUUAUACGCAGGGCACGUUGAGCCCCGAGGAAAUUGAAUCGUUGGGCGAUAAGGCACCGACGUACAGAUAUAUCUUGUAG